UGGCAGCGCUCCUGCCUUCUCAGGUUAGUCCGUUGCUUGAGUGCUAGAACGUUGACAACUCUCGUCCGUUUCAGUCGUUGUUCAGAAGUUUUUAAUUUCGAACAAAAUGAGGGAAAUCGUGCACCUGCAGGCAGGCCAGUGUGGAAACCAAAUUGGAGCUAAGUUCUGGGAGGUGAUAAGUGACGAACAUGGCAUCGACCCGUCCGGGACGUACCAUGGGGACAGCGACCUGCAGCUGGAGCGAAUCAACGUGUAUUACAACGAGGCAACAGGUGGCAAGUAUGUCCCUCGUGCAGUCCUGGUUGACUUGGAGCCAGGAACGAUGGACUCUGUGAGGUCUGGUCCGUUUGGCCAGGUCUUUAGACCAGACAACUUCGUCUUUGGCCAGAGUGGAGCAGGUAAUAAUUGGGCUAAAGGCCACUACACUGAGGGAGCUGAGCUGGUGGACUCGGUCCUUGAUGUGGUGAGGAAGGAGGCAGAGAGCUGCGACUGCCUCCAGGGCUUCCAGCUCACACACUCCCUGGGGGGAGGCACCGGCUCUGGCAUGGGCACACUGCUCAUUAGCAAAAUCCGAGAGGAGUAUCCAGACCGCAUUAUGAACACUUUCAGCGUGGUGCCCUCACCCAAGGUGUCAGACACAGUGGUGGAGCCAUACAAUGCCACGCUGUCUGUUCACCAGCUGGUUGAGAACACAGAUGAGACCUACUGCAUUGAUAACGAGGCCCUGUAUGACAUCUGCUUUCGCACGCUGAAACUCACCACGCCCACCUAUGGUGACCUCAACCACCUUGUCUCAGCCACCAUGAGUGGGGUGACCACCUGCCUGCGCUUCCCCGGCCAGCUCAAUGCUGAUCUGAGGAAACUGGCUGUCAACAUGGUGCCCUUCCCCAGGCUGCACUUCUUCAUGCCAGGUUUUGCACCCCUCACCAGCCGGGGCAGCCAGCAGUACAGGGCACUGACAGUUCCUGAACUCACCCAGCAGAUGUUCGAUGCCAAGAACAUGAUGGCUGCUUGCGACCCACGCCACGGCCGCUACCUUACAGUUGCCGCCAUCUUCCGAGGCCGCAUGUCCAUGAAGGAGGUGGAUGAGCAGAUGCUGAACGUGCAGAACAAGAACAGCAGCUACUUUGUGGAAUGGAUCCCCAACAAUGUCAAGACAGCCGUCUGUGACAUCCCUCCCCGUGGCCUCAAGAUGGCUGCCACUUUCAUCGGCAACAGCACAGCCAUUCAGGAGCUGUUCAAACGCAUCUCAGAGCAGUUCACCGCCAUGUUCCGCCGCAAGGCCUUCCUCCACUGGUACACGGGCGAGGGAAUGGACGAAAUGGAGUUCACAGAGGCUGAGAGCAACAUGAACGACCUGGUGUCUGAGUACCAGCAGUACCAAGAUGCCACUGCUGAGGAGGAGGGCGAGUUUGAGGAAGAAGGCGAAGAGGACAUGGCCUAGACAUCUACCAUGACCUUUUUCUUACUAUGCAAGACUUUAGGGCUGGGCAGUAUGAUUUAAAUAAUUGUUGCAUUAUUGAUAAUUGGUCUAAAAUCAGUAAUUUGGACCACAAUAAAAAAACGUAUAUAAUAAUUCUCCUGAAAGCUGUCAAAUUAUAACUUUGAAAUAUUGUCCAGCCUUAAUAAGAGUGCAAGGAUUUCUCAAGCCUUGGUUUUUAAAUGUUCACACUUUUGCUGUUUUCAGUCCUCCUUUCCAGUGCUUCCUCCUUCCUGUUUUGGAUAUGAAUGUUUUCAACCUCUCCUGUUUAAUCUCUCUCUUUCAAGGGUAUCACCUAAACAUCGCUCACCCCAGAGUGGCAGACAUGCAGCAUUCACCAUCAGUCAUCAGCAUAUUCACGUGGAAAAACAAAAACGGGACAUAAUGUUAAAAUUGUAAAGAGCUGUUGGGAAAUCGACUGCACAACAGUUAACGAUUAACGUGACCUCCCUGGUAUACAUGUGUGUAAGGAAAUUCCAUUUCUUGUUAUAUUUCAAAGUCCACAGAUUCUUGGCCUUUCCGGUGCGUCAUUGAUCAGCCUGACUCCCACUAUUACAGCUCUGUCCGUUCAUGAUUUUUUUGUCCACUCAGUGGUGGUGUAAUUGAUCACCCUCUGUUUAUUCUUUUGUCUGUUUCAAGCUGCAGGUUUAAAAUAUAUUUGUGAUGAGAGUGAAUGUAACACUGACCAGUUCAAGGCACUUUUUGCUGAAUUUGACACUUGACACUGAUUGACACUGUAUGGAGUGUCAGUUUUUAGCAGAAUUAAAACAACCCCUUGAAAAUGCACUGACUGGAAGAUAUAAAUAGUGUCAGGUACUGGUCACUGUUACGUUACUGUCAGUGUGUUUGGUCUGUGAUGUUACUGACGUCAAAGGUUUAGAUGGAUUUUAAUAAAGAUUUUUUGCAUUGGUGCUAA